AUGUGUGUGUGUGCGUCGUGCAUUGAUGAAGAGAAGUUACGACGGGCGUUUGUGGAGGAAAGCAGAAGCAGAAAACAACACGAAACUCUGCUGUAUCGACUGGACCUCAGCAAGGCUCGUGAAAAAAUACCGUGAAAAGUGAGGAAAAUUGUUCCGACAGUGUUACAUUGCAAAAUAUGUUGCUUGCUCGAUUCUCAUCAUCAUCAUCAGCAUCAUCGCCAUCAUUACUAUCAUCAUCAUCGAGACAGAGCUGCAUUUUCCGUGUGAAACACACAUAGUAGUCGCGUCGCGAAGGACACAUCGGAGCAGGCUUUAGUGAUUGAUAGAAAAAGGGAUCUGUGAAGUUACGCGCUGGUGGAAAGUUGAGCCAGUAGUAGCAGUAGAAUGAAAAGGCCAGUGCACAGAAACUGAAAAACGGGAACAGCAUGGAUCCAAAACGAUCUCUGUUCGACGAGGAAGCGGAUCGGAUUGGCCAAAUGCAGCGAUUGCGCUCGUUGGACGGGCAUCGGUUCUUUACCCGGUCCAACAGUAGCAAUGGCACGCAAAACGUUCUGCUGAAGGUGCUGAACCGGGAGCAUUCGGGCUACCUUUCCACGGGGCUGAACAAACGUUCGCACCAGCAACCAUUCCAGGAAGUGCCAGAACAGUUGCAGUUCUGCCUGAAAAACAUCGUGCCGUACUGUUUCUUAAGCGGGCACAUCUUCAUGGGAUUGACCAGCUGUGGCCAGUUUCUGCUCAGUUACAAACUAUCGUACGAUUACGACGAAGCGUUUGCGAAUGAUUUCUGCUCCAUCCACAAAUAUGAGCUUUACUUUUGGAUUUACAGGCCACAUGUGUUGCUGAGUAAAUAUUUUCACGUUUGCCUUUUUGACGACCACGGGGUGGGAGAAAUAAAGUCCGUAUCGAUAACACAAUGGAAGACGGACAGCCAGCUCCUGAUCGUGCACGGUGGCAAUUUGAACGAGGAUUCUGAAUCCUACGUAACGAUGGUACGCGUUCCGAAGCUGGGUUGCUUGGAUUGUAAGCAGGUGCGCGACGCGCACGAAGGCGACGAACAGCGGCAGGACAUUCUGUGCAUUGGGUGUAACAUGACGAUCCACAUGAAGUACCGGGGCACCGAUUCCGGACCACGGUUUAAUCCGAACUACAAUCUCAACUGUCCCGGUUACGUGAUUAUGAGCGAAAACAGUAUCAUUCACACAAUCAACGUGAAGCUGGACACGCGAAGAAGCCAGGAGAGUGUGGGCACCGGUAGCGCCGCACUAAGCUCAAAGUAUUUGGGAAACGUCAGCCCGCAGAAGGAUUUGCUGCUGGACGAAUAUAAAAAAGCAACGCCAGGCAAGGGUGCGGAUGUUAGCUUCAAGCCGCCGGACAGCACCAACACAGGUGGUACGAAAAAAUGUGAACUCGAAACGGCGAAAAGUGACUGUCCCACUACUACUAGUACUACAGCUAAUAAUACUACUACCCCUACUACUCUGCUCAACCCGGAACUGAGCAUUGCGGAACAAAUCAUUGCGGAUUUCGCAGAAUACGAGACUGAUAUGUACGAAACGAAGUGUUCCAUUCGAAGCUAUCCGGAUAACUUUGACGAGCUCAUCAUUACCUCGCCAUUAGCGUCUGCUGUCCAGCAGGAAGCAACCACCGAACCAAGCAUGGCGCAAGUGCGACUGAUGAACCAUCGUAACAACACAAACAUAGAGCUAAGACUUGAUGGCGUGUCCGGUGCGUCGAGCUCAUCCGCGGCCGGUGGUGUGACGGGUGGCCCAUCGGCUAACGCGAUCUCGAUCGUUCCGCCACGAAAGUCCUUCGUGACUCGGGUCGAUCUGCAAUGUGGCGCCGGUACCGGUUCACCGUACCAGGAAGGAUACGGCACCGUACGCACAGUGAACCCGACCGUACCAAUGUGUGAUAUGCCGCUUACGGCUAGUUCCUCAACCACCGCACUAGCGCCGUCUAUCUCGCGGUCGCCAUUGCGCCGACGGUUCGAUCUGUCCGAACCGGCCUAUGUUCCUAACGUUCAAAUUGCUCACAGUCAACAACAGUCAAAGCUACCCUUACAGCAGUGCGUUGUAAACGGGGCCAAUGGUGCAAACUUCCAGGUCGCUUCCGAAGCAUCUAGUCUCGAGUCGGAUGCGGAUUCGGCCGCCAAAGCGUACGAGUUUUCCGAGGACAAUGAGCGAUGCGAAAAGAUAAGCGCCUUUCGCAAGCGACGUCUGGCCGACAAAAAGUAUGAAUUUUCCGAAGAGCCAACAAGCGAAGAAAACAUCGAACCGUUCAAUCGGUUGCGAAACCAAAUCCGGGCCCGAGUGACAGCGCCCGGCUACAGUGCGUCACACCAUCCGCACGCCAGCUACGCAGAUUUAAUCUCAACCACCCACCAUCUGCAUCGAGCUUCACCGAACCAUGGUUUUCGAUCACCGUGCGGCUCACCGGUUGGGAACCGAUAUCUACGCUCACCGCCCGGCAUUCGCUCCCCGUCGUACUAUCGGCAUCGUUCGCCGUCAUCCCAAGGACAACCGGGCUGCGGUUCCGUCUUGCUGGUUGGAGGCAGUGGUAGUGGUAUGGCUGGUGGAAUUGCACCCAGUGCCUCCACAGCAUCUGUUCCGAUGAAGCAAAUCAAGCGCAAUGUGCCACUUGAUCCGCGCGACUACAUACAGAUACUUUCGCCGGGGAAUAAUGGCAUUCCAGUCGGUGGAUCGAACGAAGCAGGCGGCACUCCUGACAUUCCCAAGUUUUUCAUCGACGCGGUACAGAAGAUUAGUGCGAAAAAGAUAGCGGCCAACGAGCUGCUACUGCUCGACGAGUCAAACAACGAAAAUAACAUCAACGGUGAUAAUCAGCUGCCGACCACCAAACGGUCGGGUGGCAAUGCAGAUGCUUCGUCCGGCUCGUCGAAAUCGUCGACUGAGAUGCCAACCUGUACGAAAAGGAUUGUGAAAAUCUUUGUCGAGGAGGACGACGCCAAUUCCGUGGUAACGAUGGAGGAUGAUGAUUGUAUUUCACCCGGCUACCAUGCGUCACUGCCAAUGGAAGUACACGGUUCGUGCUACUCUAAGAUGCAAAUCAUUUCUCAGGCUUCGUUCAACAAGCUCAACUGUCCGGCGGUGGUCGUAACGCAAAAUUCGUUCGAUAUGGAAGUAUUCUCGUUCCAUGUGGCCAACUACAUUUGUGCACAGGAAAGCAAGAAGUAUGGAAUUCUGUUGGAUUCCGCGUACGAAUUAACUCACGUAUGUCCACUGACGGAAACGAUUACCUGCACGACGGUGCUACAGUUUACGGCCAAUGAUAUUGGCAACGCUAAACCAAAGCCAUGCCAGAACUGUUCCGCCACGAUCGACUGCCAAACGCAUCGGAAGAUUUACCAGUGUCGUUCCCUGUUCACCUGGUGCAUUACAACGGGCGAAUGGAUGAUACUGGACUACGGGCAUUUAACUUCCGGGCCGUACCUGGAGGUGAAGAAGCUGGCCUCCAACUACAACUACUUGCUGAAGAAGCUGCGCUCGUUCACGACCAAGCUGUUCACGACCAGCGAAGGACAGAAUGAGUCGACCCGAACGUACGAAUAUCUGCACCAUCUGCGGGUACUCGAUUCCGACACAAAGAAGGCCAAACUUCGGCUGACCGAUCUCGAUAAUAUGAUUGAGCUGUACCUAAGGCGACGGGGCAACGAGUACAGCGGAACGGAUUCCGACAGCUACGGUGAGGAUGAUGAUGAUGAGGAAGAAGAGGAAGAAGAAGAGGAGGAGGAGGAGGAGGAGGAAGAAGAGGAAGAAGAAGAGGACGAAGGGGAAGCAAACAUGGACAGUUCCUCUGAUGACUGGUAGGGAACCGAAAGCCGUGGCCGUGGCCGCUCUCCAUGUCCCAUCGAACAUGGGACGAGUGUCAACGCGAGUCGCUAAAUCGUAUGCUUUCUUUCGGUUAGUUUCGUUUUUGGAAAUUAACUGAACUGCGUGUGUGGCAUGUUCUGUUUUUUUAUUUAGUUCCCUCAAUUUCUUUUUUACAUUUUAGUUGGUAGUUAGCAGACCCGGUUAACAUUUCAAUUUUUGCUCCUUGAAUUGAGGCGACUCAAAUAUUCUUAUGAAUAGCGCGCGACCUGAAUUGAAUUCGAUCCUUUGCGUGUGUGUAAAUAAUUCGCGUAAUGCUGUGGUUUUCACCGUUUCGAUUACUACAGUUAUAUCUCUUUGAUUUUUACCCCUUGUUUAACUCAUCUGUAAUACCCCAUCAUGCUUUCCACGGAGCUUGAACAACAUUGACUGUUUUUGCCAUUGACGACACAACCCAUGCGGCUGUGUGUAGUAGCAUACCAUUUAAGCGAAACGGAAUCACUAGGCAUUACUAUCGGAUGAUAACUAUUAAUACUACACCAGCACAGGAGAAGGUAGCACAGGAAUGCGUUGGUAGCACUGUCUGCGCCCUUGGUGGGGAAAAAAGCGGAACGACUAACGCUUGUACGUGUACGGUCGGCAUGUCGGCGCGCAUCUGGAGGUUGUGAUUGAGCUACUUUUCAUUUGUCUCUUUUUAUCUAAAACAGGAAUCUAAAUAAACACAAUUACGAAAAUUAAAUAAAAGAA